AUGUCUGUCCUUCUGUACGUCCGGCAGGAACUCAAGGAACAUUUGGACGACGUGGUCGGCUUCCAGACUCUCGAGGAUACUCAUCCAUGCACCGCGUGUGUGGGGUCCCUCCAUCGCCACAUCUUCCUGAGGUGCUGCGAAGCUGAAGUAGAAGAGCCAUAUCCCCAUCGAGCUCCUCGGCGCGCGGCUCAGACCAUUUGGAACUACGCCAAAGUCAUGGCAGACAAACAUGAAAAGGGGGACCUCGACGGCAUUCAACGCUGGCGCUCCCACCGCGCACUAGAGCGCGCGUGUACCGCAUGGAACGAGCUCCUUACGUUCCUCAAACAGCUGGUCGAUUUCGGCGGCCUUAGCCUCGACGUCGUUCAGACGCAGGAGGCAGCUAUGAUGCGGGAGACGACCAUCAUCGGCAUACUCCAUAAAGACGCCCAUCAGGUAGGCAUCAUUGAAUCGACGAAAGAACUCGUCGCCCGUCUCGUGGCGCUUGCUCCGCCCUGGUCGCAGCACAAGGAGCCUGCCAGGAAGCUCCGGACCGCCAUGAGGAACCUCAAAGUCGCCAAAGACGUACCCGUCUCUGGCGUCGCGCAGGAGGACGCGGACACUCCCGAGGACUCGGGCCAAGAAGCGCCUGCUGAUCAAGGUGCGCCGGCUGUUUCGAAGGGCGGCGACGGCAACGAGAAGCCCGUGGGCCCCGCGCAUGAACACAAACACGAGCACGAGUGUCAAUCAGUGUCUGGUCCCGAAUCCCCCAAAGAACCGGCGAAACCGGAGCACGCGGACAGGAACCCGGCCAAGAAGGCCGUCGCAGCGGGCAAAACGGCGCCCAAGUCUAGCAACCCCACCAAGUCCAUCAAGAGUAAAGGCAAAAACGCACAUGUCAAUGACGACGAUUGCGAAGACGACGAAGAAGACUCCAAGCCCGGCACCGCACCCUCGGUGUCGGGUAAGAAGACGGCGCCCAAGUCCAACAGCCCCACCAAGUUGGGCCACAAGUCCAACAGGGGCAAGGGCAAGAACAACUACGACGCGGACGAUGACGAUCGCAGAGAGGAAGAAGAAGAGGAAACCGGGGGGGAAGCCAGACCCGGUCCCGUGACCAGACCCCGAAAACGUCGCGCUCCCGCGGACGAGGAGGACACGGGCAUCAGCGCGGGCAAGCCGCGGAAGAGGACGAGGGCGCUGAAGAAAGUCGCAGUCAAGAAUUGA